AUGAGUCAACAAUUAUUUCGACAAGGAAAGGUUCCAUCUAUUGAUGUUCGCAUUUCGGAAGAUUUAAGAGAAUCAAAUAAAUUAUUUGUUGGCGAUCAAGAACAAAUAAUUAAUCUUAGUUGUAAGGCCGAUGAAAUCCGAACAUUGGUCAGAGAUAUUAUUAACAAAUUAAAACCACUUUGGAUCUUCGCGAAUUGUGAACACCAUCCAAAACGAGACGUGUCAAAAGAGUUUUAUAAAGCCAAUCAAUCUUUAUCAGUCGGUGAUUCUUCCAUUAUUGCGUCGAAUCGAUGGAAUGAAAUUUCCAAGAAGGCUGCUCCUUAUGUCCUUAGAAAUUCAAAAUUUGCAAAUAUUACGAAACAAACUUUUGUCGACCCUCCAAUAAUUCCAAGUCAGCAUUUGAGCAUUUUAUCUGAAGCAGUUAUCCCUUCAUCUUCAAUCACUAAGUCUACGCAUAGACCUACUGUUCGAUCAUCAGCAGUGAGUGUUCGAAACAGACGAGAGAUUAUUAAUCGAACCACUCCAUACUCAAACUCAUCACAUAAAGCUGAUAAGCAGAGACAUUCAAAUAAAACUUUGGAUGCCUUUUCUGAGAUAAUUUCUCCAACUAUCAAUGGCAGCACUUGCAAAAAUUCUGAGCAAAUUGUGUUAUACAUGGAAUCGGCUGAUCCGGCAAAUAUUACCAACCAAAAUCCGCCCUAUAUAAAUCCGUUAUCACUUUUAGGUUUUGAAUCAUUAUAUUACCCCAAUUCUUUAGAAUUCAAUGUCAUUGACCCGACAUUACUUUAUUUAAAUCCACCUUCGUUUACAAAUUUUUCCUACGGACGUAGUUCUGAUAUUCACCAAGAGACUUCUCGAUAG